AUGGGGGAGCAGUGCAGAGGGAUUUCUGAGGUUAGAAGGUUAGCUAAGGUAUUUGGUUUAGUAGUUUCCUGUUUUGGUGGUGGAGAAGGAAUGGUAGUUGUUGUGUUAGGGGGGGUUAGGUUGGAUGCUGAUUUACUGUCAUUAUCAAAGGAACUGUUGUUAAUAUGGGGAGAGUUUCUUGAGAAGCUUGGUUAUCCGAAUCUGGUUGGUUGUUUGUGCGGGGAUCAGAUUGAGAAGGAGAAAUGGGUUGGGGGGGACGCGAUCUCCUACGCCGCCGACAUCUACCCGCGCCUCCGCCUCGCCGUCUCGCAGCUCGUCUCCCCCAGUCGCGCCGCCGCCUCCAGAAGGUAG